AAUCUCCUUGCUUACGCUCAUGGACGAGGAAGAACCAAACUCUCUUUGGACUCUCAAGCCCCCGCUUCACAGUUCUUCCCAUCCAAGAGACAAGGAACCGAUAGAAGUCCAAAAACUGAGGAAAUGGCAGGAAGAACGCGUCAACAGAAGGCUACGAGGGGACUACGAAUCUUCUGUCUUCAAGCUCUCCGACCUGAUUGCUAGCAACUUAGCACUGCCUCUUCGAAUUGCAGACGUACGCGUCGAGGGUGCCAACAAGACUCGGGCUUCAUUCCUGGGCUUCCUCAUCAACCCACUACUCCCUUGCAACACAGGGAACCCAGAUACUGCCGACUUAGAAUCAGUACUAUAUACGACUAGGAGUAUAGGAGAUGUUCUCAAGCGAACCGAUAUAUUCCAUGCAGUGGAAGCCCGCUUAGAGCGCGCCAAAGAUGUACUUAGCUCUCCAGAGGCGGUAGAUAUUGUAUUCAAAACACGAGAGAAGGGCAGAUUGUUCCUAAAGACGUCGACCGAGCUUGGAAAUAAUGAGGGUAAUGCUAGUGCUACAGUACGCCUUCGUAAUGUUUUCGGCGGAGCAGAAGCCCUCGAGGCCAAUAUGUCUCUCGGAACAACUACAAGGAAGUCAUUUCAUGCCUCAUUCUCAGCCCCAAUAACGGCGGAUCUUGAGACAUUCGCCGAGUUGACGGCAUUCGGUCUGCAGAAAGACCUUUCAGGCUUUGCUAGUUGUUCCGAGGCUCUACGAGGCGUAAAGGCGCUUGUCAGGCGUGGUGACUUUCCUACAGGUUCACAUGAAAUCAUUUAUGAAGCUGUACUGAGGAAUAUUGGAUCUCUUACUCCCACCGCCUCUUUCAGUAUUCGAGAGGCAGCCGGACAAACAACAAAGUCUUCUUUUUCGUACACUUACACGCUCGAUACCCGCGACGAUCGAAUUAGUGCUACCCGCGGUUUCUACACGAAAUGGACUCAGGAACUGGCCGGCUUCGGGGGAGACGCAUCGUUUUACAAAGCUGAAGCCGAGAAUCAUAUCUCAAGGCCGAUAAUGCCAGGCGUCUUCCUCUCAUUUUCAGCUUGUUCAGGGCUAUUAUGGGAUAUCGGCCGUACAAGUCUAUUCUCUGAUAGAUUUCAACUGGGCGGGCCACUCUCUGUGCGUUCGUUCAGACAGAACGGCCUAGGACCUCGCGAUGGCUCGGAUUCUCUAGGAGGAGAUCUCUAUUGGUCUGCUGGCCUCAGUCUCGUGUCUGACAUUCCGAACAAGCCUCAUUGGCCGAUAAAAGCUCAUGCCUUCCUCAAUGCGGGACGAUUGGACCGACUGGACAAAUCUCGUAGCCUGUUAGAAAAUGUGAAACGCGCAGUUGAGCAACCUUCAAUUUCAGCGGGAGUAGGUUUGAUAUACCGUUUCGACCCAGUCAGAUUAGAAGCCAAUUUUGGAUUACCUCUCGUCGCCAACAAAACCGACGGAACCCGAAAAGGUCUUCAGGUUGGGAUAGGUUUAGAAUUUCUGUAAAUUUGUAGAUUGAAUGUUGG